AUGUCAGAUCUCAAAUCGAUUUGAGCGCAGAAGAAAACGAAGAGACUUCUAAACACUUUCUCGUGAAAAUGGAUUUCGACGAAGUUCUAGAAGAACUUGGCGAAUUGGGCCGCUACCAGAUUAUCAUGUACCUUCUGGUAUGUUUUCCUGUUCUUUUUGCGGCCGCCAACAGUUUGAGUUACGUUUUCACUGCUGGAGUCAUCGAUUACAGAUGUUUUAUUCCCGAAUGCGAAAGUCCUGAAGACAAUUAUAACGUUUCGUGGAUAAAUUGGGCGAUUCCAAAAGACAGAGACAAUGACCAAGUGAUUGGAUUCAAAUCGGAUAUUUGCUACAAAUAUGCGAUAAAUCGUACAGCUUGGGCUGCAAACAAUGAAACUUGCCAGGAGCAGUUUUUCGAUAAAACUCGUCUGGUAAAAUGUACGGAAUGGAUUUUCAGUGAGGCUGAAAGUACUAUUGUAAAUGAGUGGAAUUUGACUUGUAUAGAAAACCAAUGGAAAAUCUCGUUAAUAGGCAGUAGCCAUUUUGGCGGGAUCAUUGCUGGCUCGUUAAUUUUUGGAAUUUUAGCCGACAGAUUUGGGCGAAAAAUCAUUUUUAUAUUUUGCAUUUUACUUAUGACAAUUUCCGGAGUAAUACAGGCUUUUUCUCCAGAAUAUGUUACGUUUGUAAUACUCACUUUCGUCAAUGCUUUGGGUACUGCUGGAGUGUAUCCUUUGGCUUUUAUUUUAGGAGUAGAAAUGGUGGGCAAAAACAAACGAGAAAUCACUGGGAUUGUGCUGAAUUAUUUUUAUGCCGUAGGAGAGGCACUUGUUGCACUUUUCGCUUGGAUAGCGCCAGACUGGCAAGAAUUACAAUUAAUUGUAUCAGCGCCUUCAAUCAUUUUCAUUGCGUAUUAUUGGAUGAUUCCAGAAUCCGUAAGAUGGUUAAUGGCAAAUUCAGAAAAUCAAAAAGCCAAAUCCAUAGUGCUAAAGGCCGCGAAAGUUAACAGAGUUGAAUUGUCCGAAAGCCUCAUGAGUACUUUUGAAACUGGCUCAAUAAACGAUGAUUCGAAAACUUCCAACAGCAAAAUGUUGCCCAUAGUGAAAGUGAUGCUAAAAUCAAAAACCUUAAUAGUAAGAUUUUCAAUAAUGUACUUUAUAUGGGGUGUAAACGCAUUCGUUUACUACGGCCUAUCGAUAAAUGCCACGUCACUGAGCGGCAACAAGUACAUCAAUUUUGCCUUGGUUAGCCUUAUCGAAAUACCUGGAUACACUAUCGCUUGGAUUUGCAUCCAGAAAUUAGGCAGAAAGCCUUCAUUGAUAAUGUCCUUGUUAUUGUGUGGCAUCACUUGUACUCUAACGAUUUUUGUUUCGAAAGGUUCUGAUUGGAUCGUAAUAACACUUUUUCUUCUUGGAAAAAUGGCCAUUACGUCUUCUUUUGGCGUUGUCUAUGUACACACGGCGGAAAUGCUGCCGACAAUAAUUCGGAGCGGAGGCGUUGGGAUUGCUUCGACUGUAGCCAGAAUUGGAGCUCUUCUGGCUCCAUUUGUUCCAUUAUUGGGAGUUUAUUGGAAACCUCUUCCAAUGGUGAUGUUUGGAGGUUUGGCCAUCAUCGCUGGUCUGUUAGCGUUCAAAUUGCCAGAAACUUAUGGGAAAAAACUACCCGAGACAGUAUUAGAAGCGAAAAAGUUGUGA